ACAGAACAGCAGAAUGGAAAAUAUGCUACUUUGGUUGAUAUUUUUCACUCCCGGGUGGACACUCAUUGAUGGAUCUGAGACGGAACAGGAUUUUAUGUGGCACUUGAGAAAAGUACCCCGGAUUGUCAGCGACAAGACCUUCCAUCUCACCAGCCCCACAUUUGAGGCGGAUGCCACGAUGGCGGUAAAUAGAGUGUGUGGCAUUGAAUGCCAGAAAGAACUCCCCGCUCCCAGCCUUUCCGAGCUGGAGGAUUAUCUUUCAUAUGAGACUGUCUUUGAGAAUGGCACCCGAACCUUAACCCGGGUGAAAGUACAGGAUCUGGUCCUCGAGCCGACUCCAAAUACCACCGCAAGAGGAGCAUCUGUCAGGAGAAAGAGACAGGUGUACGGCACCGACAGCAGGUUCAGCAUCUUGGACAAAAGGUUCUUAACCAAUUUCCCCUUCAGCACAGCCGUGAAGCUCUCCACAGGCUGCAGCGGCAUUCUCAUUUCCCCUCAGCACGUUCUCACAGCGGCCCACUGUGUUCACGAUGGAAAGGACUACGUCAAAGGGAGUCAAAAGCUAAGGGUAGGAUUGUUGAAGAUGAGAAAGAAAGGUGGUGGCAAGAAACGUCGAGGUUCUAAGAGGAGCAGGAGAGAAGCUAAUGGUGGUGACCAAAGAGAGGGCACCAAGGAGAACCUGCAGGAGCCAGCCAAGGGUGGAAGGAGAAGAAAAGCAUCUGGCCGGGGUCGGAGGGUGGCUGAAGGGAGGCCCUCCUUCCAGUGGACCCGGGUCAAGAACACCCACAUUCCCAAAGGCUGGGCAAGAGGAGGGAGGGAGGACGCGGCCUUGGACUAUGACUAUGCCCUUCUGGAGCUGAAGCGCGCUCACAGGAAGAAAUACAUGGAACUAGGCGUCAGUCCAGCCAUCAAGAAGCUGCCUGGUGGAAUGAUCCACUUCUCAGGAUUUGAUAACGAUAGGGCUGAUCAGUUAGUCUACCGGUUUUGUAGCGUGUCUGAUGAAUCCAGCGAUCUCCUCUACCAAUACUGCGACGCCGAGUCGGGCUCCACCGGUUCCGGAAUCUACCUGCGUCUGAAAGAUCCAGACAAAAAGAAUUGGAAGCGCAAAAUCAUUGCCAUCUAUUCAGGCCACCAGUGGGUGGAUGUCAACGGUGUUCAGAAGGACUACAACGUCGCCGUGCGCAUCACUCCCCUCAAAUACGCCCAGAUCUGCCUCUGGAUUCACGGGAAUGAUGCCAAUUGUGCCUACGGCUAACAGAGCCUAAAACGGGGUUGUGUCCUCGAAAUCGCAGAGAAAACCACAUCUGAUUAUUGUAGUGAGAUUACUUCACAGGUUAUGCCUGGACUUUGAACCCUAUCAAUAGCAUUCCACAUUUUUACAAUUUUAUUUUUUUCAAAAUUAGAAGAGUUACAUAUUUUAAAAAUGUUUAGGUACAGAUGUUGAAACUAGAUGGGCACUUUCGUACCAAGUAUAUACUCUUAGAUACAUGGCGAUCAUUUACGGGGAAAUUUUUGUUUCCUUCUGCCUUCUUAAAAAUUAGACACUUUAAAACUUCAAACUGGUGCUAGAAAUAAUAUGUGAUUUCUCAGUGGACUUA